AUGGAAAUUGAAUGCAAUUUUUCGAAACUUGGAGUUCAGUUACACAGUCUUGACAUCUCAAAUAAGGAUGACAGGUUUGUUUAUCUGUCAUUGAAUCCAGAUGAGCCCGCAAACACUCUGGAGCUUAUCAACAAGGUCAAUUACUCAAAUACUAUUAAACUGUCGAAUGAUGAAUAUAUCUGCUACCAAUUGUUGAAUGAUUACAAGACAGUAGCCAUAUAUGCUCUGGGCGGUGUUUCUGGUGGGAAAACGGUUAUAAUUACGUUGCCAGAGGCAAGUUUGAAUCAAUGGCAUACUUUCACAGUAAGAGAAAUCCAACAGGAAGUGUCAAUGGAUUUAAUUUUGGAACGCGGCAUAUUCUUGAAUAUGAAAUUUCAUGUUGAUUGCAUUUUAUCGAAAACCAGACCGCUUCAAGAUGACUGGUUCCGCAUUUUCAACCCAUACGAUUUUACCGUGAGAAAACCACAUUUACUUCUCUCCGUGUCCGAUACGUAUUCGGUCGUUUUUCUCGAGGACGGGGGUCUUGUCGGCUUAACAAAAGUCGGAGCCGGCGAUUCUCAAGAUAUACAUCCUGUUUUGUUCAACGAUAACAGCUACCUCCAAAGCUUUACCAAAUUGUUUUCAAGAAAAGAGCACUUUACGCAGAGCGUUGUUGUGAGCUGUGUGCUUUACAAAGAUCAAUACUUGAUAACACUUACUCAAAACUGCCGAAUGAAAGUUUGGGAUCUGUCUACUCAGGCUGUUGUUUAUGAGCAGAAUUUUUUGAAUGAGGGAAAAGGUCACAUGAGAGUAUAUGAGGUCGUGGGUCGUUUCCUCUGCAUUUAUAAAGACGUUCUGGUUGCAUUUCUACCUUUGGGAAACGGUUUGUUUCAAUUCAUGAGUCUAGGUGUUGACCAAGAUUCAAGAUUUUAUGCCAAUUCUCGGGUGUCUAUUUCUCCCAAUUUGAGCGCUUCGUUCAUAUGGUCUCUUGUUGACAUGAAGUUAAACCCAUCUUAUGAUACUACACCCCCCAGCAACUCCAUGGACUUGAUUGUCAUGUGGAAGAGCAACCGCACAGCGAAAUUGCAGACUUCUAAAGUAGAUAUGGCUUUGAAAGAGGCGAGACCCUGGUCGGAGCCAAUCAAUAGAUCCAUUACAGAUUUGCAAACCGAUCUAGACCUCCUCACUGACGGAGAUACCACGAAAGCUCUUUUAAAUUUGAAAUCACAUUAUGCUCCGUCUCUCUUUGCAAUGGCUCAAAGAAUGCUAAGUGAAAAUGGAAUGCUCAUAAGUCCGAAUUCUCAGCAUACACAAGAAUAUCUUAUCGCAUUGGAAACUGUGCUUAAGGACCUCAAGAAGCACAAUGAUGAACCAACGUCCUUAAUGUUAUAUCAACAGGGCCUUGUGGUAGUAAAUUGUCUUGGUUUGUUUUCCCAUGCGCUCUACAGGACCCACACAGAUGCUGAGCAGUUAUACUACCGUUUGGGUUUUUCGAGCUCUCAGGAGGUCACAAAUGACCUAGAGAAGUACUUGAGAGUCGUGCAUGGUUUUAGUCGCACGCUCUCGACGUCUUUACUUGCCAAAGUCUCUGAUGCUUUAGCUGAAGUCGUUAGUACAAAUUCCGUGGGUGAGGGGCCUUUAAAAGAAGGUCUCGCGAGAAUCUUUGUUGACCAUCUCGAUAGACAGUUCGAAAUGGCCAAUUUAAAAAAGCUUUUUGAAGAGCUUAACGAUCUUGAUGUUGUGAAUGCUUUGAAAGGUUUCAUCAAGAAAUAUUUGGAGCUUCCGAUUGCACCAGAUACGCUAAUCAAUGCCAUAAAAUCUGACAAUUUUAUAAAAGUUUCCAUCAUUGAAGGCAUCCAUCAAAUUAUAUUGGCUCAACACCAAUUCACAUUGGAAAUCUUGUUGACUUUUGCAUUCAUGGAUUUUGAAUACAAGAUAAUACAUGAGCCGUUGCAAACGUUAUUGACUAUGCACUACAAGCAAUGCCUAUGGGUCAAGCUUUACCGCCUAAAUAAAGGCUUUCUGGCAGCUGAACUACUCAAAAGAGUCACGAAGUUAGGUCAUGGCGCUAAAUUUGUGUCUUAUGAAGAUUUACAGAACUUAUUGGACGUCAUUUUAACUGAAUUUUAUGAAAUGCCAGUGUCCCCGAACGGGCUUUUUAUUGAAUUUUUUGACCGAUACAUUGUUUCUGGAGAGGUGGGAAAGCCCGAAGCCGAGCUCUUUCUUUCUACGGUGCAGCGUACUUUAUACAUAAAGGGAAAUGCGGCUCAUGAAUUCAUGAUGGCCUUGUCUCUCUUCAUGUGCGGUCAUUAUGGUACUUCUUUUGAAUUCUUCCAAAAGCACAAUUACCCCGAUUGUUUACCAAAAGAGCUUCCCGAUACACUUUUUGUUCCUCUUCAAAAAGACUCUCAUCUGUGGAGAGAAGUUAUCCAAUCUUUUAAACUCAAAUACAAGCAGUCUGCUUAUUUCUACCAUCUCUCAAAGAUGUAUUCCCGCGCAGGUAGCUUUGAUUACGCUUUGAGAUGUAUCAAGAAGUCUAUCAAAUUAUCAACUGAUUUUGAUGACUUAGGUGAGCCAAUGUCUUACAAGAUCCUUCAGUUAUGCCAAUAUGUUGACAUGCUUGUCAUUUUUGAAGACCUUAAUGAAGUGGUGAGCGUACUGAAAUGCAGCCCGGAUAUUCUCGAUGAAAAGCUCAGAGGCUCCUAUUAUGAAACCCUUCUGUCGAGCGCACAUCAUCGUGAUAGAUUUUUCGGCACAAUACUGGACUGCUGUGUGCGGGCUGGAGAUAAACUUUUCCUGCCAUUUGCAGAUUUUUGCAUUAUUGAUCACCUUUUGAAAAAUCAAUGCAAGCCCGGUGACUGGAUUGCAUUCAAAAAAUUAUUCAGCUUUCGGUUUGCAAAUUUGCACGAUCGGAAGGCCGCCGAGGCUAUGUAUGAGUUUAUCAGAAGCAGCGCAGAUGUCGAAUUGAAAGAGAGAGCGUAUUUGAUCAUUUUGAACAUUUUGAACAGUUUAGCAAAAGUGGAAGAUAGAUGGAUCCUCAGUGAAGGCGGGCUCGUAACUGCUGCCACUUUACAAUCAGAACGCGAAAUAUUACUUCAUUAA